CACUGAUGGAUACGAACACCUUGAUAUCAAGAUCGCCGCCACCACCACAACACAACACCACGGUCAUGGGGAGUCGGUGACAGGCACUAGGACAACAUUGCCACUCAACGUGCUGGCAGGCCCUUGGGUGUCCUCACCCUUAAUACCCUGGCUUGGCCCUCCAGACACUCUGCAACUCCAGGAUUUUCCUCUUUAAGUCAAGGCAACUUGCCAGAAUCCAACUAGCCCGGCACUUUCAGGCCAAUACCUAGAGGUGUUUUCAGACUCCAGCGACAUCACUAAUAAUUCUCCUGCCUUGAUUUCUACAGAACCUUUAGACAGCUGCAAAACUCAUCAAAGUCAGAAGCCAGACACAUGUCGGUGAAGAUGUGAACUGAGGAGCUGUUGGUGCCGUGACUGCUAUUGAUGAAGCUUUGAUAGUCUCUCCACUGCAAUGAGAAGGUGGUGGAGCUUCAGUGGUGCACUGAACAACACCUACAUUAUUUGCUCAGUUACAGUUUUGCUAUUAGCAGUUGCCACAUGUGGAGAAGAUACUCAUUUUACCAACUGCUCAUCUCUGCUGCCUGGCCAGUACCAGUGCAAUGAACUGAACAUUGACCCCCAAACUCAGCAGCUGAAAGGCUGCACAAAGGAAGGCCGUGCUCGCAUCCCCUGCACCUCAGCCACUGGCAUCAUCUGUAUAGAAACUAACAAUGGAACAUUUGAGCGUGAAGUGCCUUGCAAAUUCACCAACGGUUACUCGUACGAGACAGCUCUGCUCCUCUCGGUGUUCCUGGGCAUGUUUGGCAUUGAUCGUAUUUAUCUGGGCUACUACGCUGUCGGCCUGGCCAAGUUCUGUACCCUGGGAUUCCUCUUCCUUGGCCAGCUGAUUGACAUCAUCCUCAUCGCCACACAGACCAUCGGGCCAGCAGACGGUUCACACUACGUCAUCAGUUACUUUGGGGCCGGCAUCACUGUGCUGAGGAUGGACAACACCACCUACAGGAUGCCUCAGGAUGAUUGGGUUAUUGAUCUGCCUCCUAAAGAACUCUAGAACUUGUUGUUAGUUAUGUGACAAUUAUCAAAGUGUGUGUUGAAGUUUACAGGAGAUUUUUAUUUUUUUUUUUUACUUUAUUUUUGUUGUUUGUUUUUUCAUAUUCCCUUCAUUUGAACUUUUCACUUGAGGUUUUAAGGAUGAUCUCAGUUUUGGACUGAGUUGAUAUUUCUUGAGAAGUUUUCUUGAAAAAAGUUUAAUUUAUAAGUGUUUUAGAGCUUGUAAAUUUACCUAGGAAUUAAAGAUUGUUAUUGAGAAAUUAUGUUAUUGAUUAUUCUAGGUGGUUCAUGUUUGAACAGACAAACAAAAAGCAAGUUUUCUGAUAUCUGAAAGUGUAAUGCAGUGAAACUAUUGAGUUAAAGCUGAAAAUAUACUUAAAUUUUUUA